GAGGAAUUAAGCGGUAUUUCGCUUAAAUACGUUGUAAUAGUACACAACCUCAGCAAAACACAACUUUUACAAAAAAAUUGAAUAUUGACGGUUUUCUACAGAUGACUCGGGAAACUGGUAAUACUGUCUUGGUGACCGGCGGUGCUGGAUAUAUUGGCUCUCAUACGGUAAUCGUCUUGUUGGAGAAGGGAUACAAUGUUGUUAUUGUUGACAAUUUGUGUAAUUCCAGAUUCGAAGCUAUUAAGCGAAUCCAAAAGUUGUCAGGGAAAGACCUUAUAUUUUAUAGGGUUGAUUUAUUGAAUGAGAAAGAUUUGGACGAGGUGUUUUCAAAACACCCAGUCUCCUCUGUAAUCCAUUUUGCAGGAUUAAAGGCAGUGGGUGAGUCAGUAAAAAUCCCCCUUACCUAUUACAAAAACAACAUUACUGGCACUGUUCACUUGCUGGAAUGCAUGAAAAGACAUAAUGUUACAGAUUUUGUGUUUUCUUCGUCCGCAACCGUUUAUGGUGAUCCUACUCGUCCUGGUGGAACCAUUCCCAUUCCUGAGUCAUGUCCUCGUGAGGCUGCCAAUCCCUAUGGAAAAACCAAGCUUUUCAUUGAAAACCUCAUUGAGGACGAGUGCAAAGCUUCCGGAUCAUUAAACGCCGCGCUUCUUCGCUACUUCAAUCCAGGUGGUGCUCAUCCAACUGGUGAAUUGGGUGAAGAUCCUUUGGGCGUCCCAAACAAUCUCAUUCCUUAUAUUGCGCAAGUUGCUGUCGGCCGUCGGGAAUAUUUGAGUGUCUUUGGUAAUGAUUAUCCGACUCCCGAUGGAACUCCUAUUCGUGAUUAUAUUCACGUCUGCGAUCUUGCAGAAGCUCAUGUUGCUUCUUUAGCCUAUUUACAACGAAAUUAUGUUGGAUGCCGUGCUUGGAAUUUGGGUUCUGGUACUGGCAGUACGGUUUUGCAAAUCCAUCGUGCUUUUUCCAAGGCUGUCGGAACGGAACUUCCUUACAAGAUUGACCCUAGACGUGAUGGCGACGUUGUUAACUUGACUGCUGAUCCAAAGCGCGCUAAUGAAGAACUCAAAUGGAAGACCAAUCGAAGUAUUGAUGAAAUAUGUGCUGACGUCUGGAAUUGGCAACGUAAGCAUCCUUAUGGCUUUGACUUUUACAAGGCUAAUUCUGAUGCCAAUUUAAAAUAAUUCUAGCCUGUAUUACUAUAACAAACAAAAGAAAAGGUCGUAAUUGGAAUUUGCUCUCAGCUUGUUUGUUUUAAUUUUCGCUUUUUCGUUUUUUUUUUCGCUCCUGUUUAUACUAUUAAUUAUUUAAUUCACGAAUUAGUCUUGGGGUUCAUAAGUUUUACUGAAAAUUUCCUGUCUGAUUAAAGUACGUGACCUACACUCGUUUUGACAUGAUGUACAAAGUAUUGUGUCCUUUUUUUUUCUUUCUAACUAUCCAUUGAGCUAUUUUCCUUCUUUUUCAGAAAACUUGUGCAUGCUGUUAAUUUACGAUCCUCUCUUUUAAUAAAUUAUUGGUUGUGGCCAUGUUUCGGAACGUAAUUUAGUUAUUCUUUUCUAUUUUCUUUUUAUUUCCUUUAUUUUCCUAAAUAUUAUCUUUGUACUUGCAAUAAUGAAAGGAAAUAAAAGAAAGGUCAAAUUACCCUAGUUACCGACAAAGCAUUAUGUAGAAACCGAUUAAAGGCGUAUUAAAUUCUUUAUUUAAAUUAUUUCGAAGAAUUUUUUACCAAGUGGUUUUCUUGUAAUAUACACGGUAAACCCUACAUAAGAAUUGCGCACAAGGUAUCCAUCCAUGCACACAGAAUACCAACACUGUUGACAUUACAUAAAAGGGUACUAUUAGCUAUAUCUGCCUGUCA